AUGGCUGGUUCUUCACCCGCCGCCCGUAAAUCACAGCAAUGGUCCUCACCUGACCGGUCUCGUCUGUCCAGUAUACAGGGUAUUCUCGGUGAACCACGUAACACGGCAAUCACCCAUCACGAUGCCCUCAUACAAGCCCAAGCCGAGCACGAUCGCGUCCGCGAAGCUGCUAUCAGAGUUUACCAUGACCACGAGUUACAGGAAGAACGCAAGAGGUUGCUAGAGCAGCAGAAAUGGAUAUUGGAGCAGCAAAAGCUGGAGGAAGAGCGGAUCCGAGCUGAGGAACGGCUGAGGGCGGAAGAGGAGCGUCUAAGAGCUUUGAAGGCCAAAACAGUCCCCAAGCUGCCACCAGAACCGCCGACACCUGUUGCCCAAAUGAAUGGAUCCGCUACCGCCCAACCCCAAAUCCAACCUACACCGACAACAGCAAAUUCAGGAGCAACAUCCAACUUAAAACAAUCCCCGUUUGGUGCUCAGCAACCUAGCUUGGGCAACGGGCUGAAUGGACAUGCCAAUGGCACAGCCCAGUCAAGCUUACCGCAGCCCUUUGGCCAGCCCAAAGCUAUACUUCAAAGUCAACCCUUAAGCAGUCCAUCACCAUUUACACAGCCGGCUAAAGCGGUAGUCCCACCAUCCAAUGCGCGACCAGCCGCGGCUCCUGGAACGCCCCUCGUCUCUACUGAAAUAGAUCGAUAUGUCGAAAUUCAUAGGAAUCUCAAAAAGUUACGAUCGUCCCUAUUGCAACAAUCGAAGAUGUCCCCAACCUUGAAGAAGAGAAUGGGAGAUAUGCGGCGAGAACUUAGAAAGAAUAUGGGUCAGCUAGUAGGCGAAAAGGGUGGCAAUAAGAAACAAAUUGCAGCCAUCCAAGCGCUAUUGGAUGAGUCGCUUAAUGGGAGCGUCCCGAGCGAGCUGGUCGACCCGUCCGAUUAUAUCACUGAUAAAAGAGAACCCGUCGGGGGAGCAUUACACAACGAACCGCAUCUCCCGUCACUAUUUCUCUAUCUCCUCAACCACUUUUCAAAAGCUGUCAUCAAUCAGUUCAUUAAUGAGUGUGGAGCGCAACCUAAAACCGCAGAUCCCAUCGGUGUUAUUGUUGCCAUGAUCUUCUCCAAGGACGUCUAUCUAUGGAGGGGUAAAACUCUAAUCGACAUCUUGAUGGCUAAGCUACGCGUAGUCUGCCCUGUCCUUUUUGGAUAUCGCGGCAGUGAGAAAACAGAAAAUGGUCGUCUCCGCCUAGGCUGGAAGAAGACGGGGGCCGGAUGGGCACCUGAGCAGCAACAUAGCGACCGGAUGAAGGGUUUGGGGGCUGGGUAUGCUGCUAUUGCGCUGAGAAACUUCUCGAAUUCGAAGAAUACGAACCCGUGGCCGCCGUCCAAGUAUUGGGCUAGUAUGGCACAAAUCGUGAACACGCCACCAGCCGAAAUCUCAAACACUCAGUGUAUUGUUUUGCGAGCCAUGAUCGAGUCCAGCGAAGAAAAGUUUAUUCAAUUUUACGGAAACGCUGCGAUAGCCGCGCUCAGGAAAGCUCUAGUAGAAUUUCCUGAGAAAGCUGUGGACAAGACGCCUGGUGUUUCGGGAUUGCAGGUCCUGGCGCAGAUACUAAAACGGGAUAUAGGUUUAGAGUUAUGA